CGGAAGGGGCGGCGAGUGCGAGGGGAGGGCCGUGCGUGUGGGAGAUGUCCGGAAGCGGCCGCGCUGGCGCGUCCAAGAGGAAAAGGAAUUGGCGUGUAGAGCACCCAUCCUUUCUAGAAGAGAGGCCACAGCAGUCAAGAAGAGCAAAUUUGAAGACAGUGGAAGCAGCUGCCUCUCUCUCUAAAGCAUGGCUCAAGUGUGGAGAGGGAUUUCAGGACACUUCUGAGACCCUGUCAUUAGCAAGUGAAAAGACAGCUAUUACUGGAAAGUCCCUGGAAUUAUCUCCAAGUCCAAAGAAAGCAGAAACAGCAGGUGAGAGUCCUAGUGAGGUGGCAGAUAUCACAUGGAGUUCAAGUGGAAGUGAUUUCUCAGACGAAGAUAAGACCCUCCCUCAAUUACAGAGAGAUGGACGUGGCUAUGUAGCAGACAGGUUUUGUAGCAGGAUAAUUUCAUGUCCAGAAGAUGGAGCCACUGAAGAUGAAUUACAGUUUAUUGACUGGGAGGUCAACAGUGACAUGGAAGGUCCUGGAGGGCCCAGUGAAUGUGACGAUGGUGAGGGGGCCGUGGACAUCUCGGAUUGUGCUUCUUGUACAAGUGGUCAUUCUUUGACAAACGAUGACAGGCGCUGUGAGCCCCCUGAGCCAAUUUCUACAGAAAUUGUGGAGUAUUCAUCAGAUAGUGACAAAGAAGAUGACCCAGAGAAUGCCAUCUUCAUUGAUUCAGAAUCCCCUCACAAAUACCAGAUGGAUUUUAAAUCAGAUGCAAGACAGUCUUUGAACAGACAGACUGACUCAGGGGCAAAUGCAACUGAGCCUGUAUUGAGCACACCCCAGAAAUAUGCAGCCAGGUUUCCCAAGACUCCAGAAAAUUCAGCAACAAAGAAGAAGCUCUUAAGAGGCGGACUAGCAGAAAGACUAAAAGAACUGCAGAAUCGAGAGAGAUCUGCCAUUUCUUUGUGGAGACAUCGAUGUGUUUCUUACCAAAUGACACCUUUAGCCCUUCUGAGGUCCGUGCAUGCGUGGCUUAUCAACCUAUGGCUUAUCAUUGACCUCAGUCCUUCAGGAGAACUCAGUGUUUACAGCAGAAAAUCUGGUGUAUUAACUGUGAAAAUUCUAGAGCUACAUGAGGAAUGCACCAUGCAAGUUGCAGUGUGUGAGCAGCUAGCAGGGCCACCAAUUAGCCCUCCCAGGGAAAUAGCUCCUAGACUCCGGGCCUGCCUGAAGGUUCUCUUUACCAGAGAGACUGCAGACCACCUGAGGGGGCAUCCCCAGGACAUCAUUUACAUCUUCCCUCCUUGGCAGAAACUUCUUAUCCCAAAUGGAACUUGCUCUAUUAUUCUGAAUACUUAUUUUUGUCAGAAGGCUAUUGCAAAAGAAACAAUGCAUGAAGUAUACUGUCAGGACACAUCUCAUCCAAGAAGAAAUAUAACUUUGGCUCAGAUGUUUAGAAUUGAAGACAUAACAAGUAGUUCAUCCAGAAGUCAGAUUACAUGUAGUGGCCUGGCCACCACUGGCACAGCCUGGACCCACGGCCAUGACAAGGCAGAGCAACAUCUUGCAGUUUGUGCUCCCCUGAGGGAUUCUCUUCUGGACAUUGUGGAAAGCCAAAGAGCAGGCCCAUGGUCUGGAGUUGGGGUCCGAGUAGUAGUGCAGAGGGUUUAUUCCCUUCUUAGCGGAGAUGGUGCCAGGAGCCAACAAGGGCACACAGUGGUGCAUGAAGAUUCACCUGGAGCGUGGUCCUGCCUUCUAGUGCAGGAUGCCUGCGGGAUGUUCGGUGAAGUAUACUUGGAUGGCACCCUCUGGAAGAACAUACAGUUAGAAGGAAGGUCCUGCCGCAUGGCAGGAAUGAAGGUUCUACAGAAGGCCACAAGAGGAAGGACACCAGGGCUCUUCAGUUUAAUUGACACUAUGUGGCCCCCAGCGAUGCCUCUGGCCGAGCCUUCCUGUGGUGAGCCCAGUGAAGAGAUGAAGACUUGCAUGCCUCCUCCUACCUUCUGUUAUAUCUUCUCUGUGCCUCCGAGCCUGGGACACGUCGAUACAAUUGAAGGGGACCCCAUUUCUGAGCUCUAUCGGCCUCCAGUUGUCCACUGCUUACGAGAAAUCCUCCAGACUGAUGGGCAUGGCACACGCUGUAGCUUCUAUGGCAGAGUGAUUUAUCAAAGACCACAGCUAAAGAAUCUUUUGGCACAAAAGGAAAUCUGGCUGCUGGUGACUGAUGUCACCCUACAAAUACAGGAUGAAAGGGACUACUGCCUUCCCAAAACCCUGCUGGUCUAUGUAACCCCCUCAUGUGUGCUGGGCCCAGAAGUUCUAGAAGGACUCACCAUGGCUGUGCCUCAUAACAUACUCUUCAGGGAUGCUCUCCAAGACAAGGGUCAGAUUGUUUGUGUUGAGCGGACAGUCCUCCUACCCCAAAAAUCCCUCUUGUAUGUGCCUUCUGAUGCUAGUUCCUGUGACCUGCCUGGCCCAGUGAUACUGGAUGAACUGGGCUCCCUCACGCCUGUCAACUCCAUUUGCAGUGUGCAAGGUGCUGUGGUUGAUAUAGAUGAGAGCACUGCUUUCUCGUGGCCUGUGUGUGACCGGUGUGGCAAUGGGAGAUUGGAACAGAAGCCAGAAGAUGGAGGCUCCUUCUCCUGUGGGGACUGUUCACAACUGGUUGUGUCCCCUCUUCAAAAGAGGCAACUGCACGUCUUUCUGGACUGUCCCACGAGACCCAAGAGUACUGUGAAGGUCAAGCUGCUGGAGAGCAGUAUUUCUUCACUGCUGGUGUCUGCUGCCUCCAAGGAUGGGAGUUAUGAAGUGAAGAAUGUCCUUGGGAAGGAGAUGGGGCCUUUACUCUGCUUUGUCCAGUCUGCCACUCCACAGCAGGCCAGCUGCGUCACACUGGAGGAAAUUGAACUUCUAGGUGCAGGAGGCAGCGGCCAUCCUUCUUCCUGACAUCUGGGAACUUGGCACUGAGGGUGGAGGUUUGAUUUGGGGAGCUGUGUUAACUCCACAGAGUAUUUUUAUGGUUUUAAAUUUAAUGGUUUUUUCCCCCCUUGGUAAUACGAUUAAUACGAUGGUUUUGUAAGUUAAAAAUCAAAAUACCUUUAUUAUAUCUUUUUUAAUACCUUCCUAUAAGUUUGAGGACAUGUUUCUAAAGCUUGAACAUCCCUGUGGUCUUCAUUUUGCAUUACUUAGGCAAUAUUAUUGAUUUAUUAGGAAAUGUUCAUUGUUGUUGCUUUAAAUAAAGUAUUUAAGACUUUA